GGAUUAAUCAAAACUAGUGAUGAAUCAAAUAUAAAUUUUUAACCUUUGAAGGCUUACAAGACGUACUCGUGUGGAGAGAGUGUCGUCUGAGUCCAGUGACAGUCAUCCUAAUUGUCAACUGAUUUGUAAUGACGACCCGUUUCCAUGACGAAGAGGACAGGGCUCCCUUCCGUCCCUUCACUCGGGAGUCACUGGCGGCCAUUCAGGCGCGCAUUGCCGAAGAAAAUGCACGAAAGAUCGCUCAACUCGAGAGUGAGACCUAUAUGGCCCCCCAUCACAGUGAGACUAUUAAACCCGAUCCUAUGCUCGAGGCCGGCCUACCUCUGCCGCGAGCCCUUCAAAGGGAAUUCCCUCCAGAACUUAUAGCAACGCCAAUAGAGGAUAUCGAUAAAUAUUAUGAGAACAAAAUGACAUUUACGGUGAUCAGCAAAGGUAAAGACAUCUUCAGGUUCAGUGCGACCAACGCAUUGUGGAUAUUAGACCCGUUUAAUCCGAUCCGACGGGUGGCCAUCUAUAUGCUCGUCCAUCCCAUGUUUAGCUUUUUAGUGAUUGUAACAAUUUUAGUCAAUUGUAUAUUAAUGACAUUACCGCCCGAAGACUCCAUCGAAAGAACUGAAGUCAUAUUUACGACAAUAUACACGUUUGAGUCGUGUCUGAAAGUGGCCGCCCGUGGCUUCAUAUUAGAGCCGUUCACAUAUCUGAGAGACCCCUGGAAUUGGCUCGACUUCGUGGUCAUAGCCUUAGCCUACUUAACAAUGGGUGUCAAAGAACUGGGAAAUCUAAGUGCUUUGAGAACCUUUCGAGUACUUCGAGCCUUAAAAACUGUUGCUAUAAUCCCUGGAAUGAAAACCAUUGUCGGGGCAGUGAUAGAGUCGGUCAAGAAUCUAAAGGAUGUCAUAAUCCUGACCUGCUUUUCAUUAUCCAUAUUUGCCUUAUUGGGACUUCAAGUAUAUAUGGGUGUACUGACACAAAAGUGUGUUAUGCUUCCUCCAGAAGGACUGUCCGAUAUUGAAUGGCUAAAUUGGGCCUCUAAUGAGACCAACUGGUUUUAUAAGCAAGGGGCGGCCGAGCCUUAUCUAUGUGGCAACAGUUCACAACAAUGUCCUCCAAACUAUUCGUGUUUAUUAGGAUUUGGCGAAAACCCGAACUUUGGUUACACAAACUUUGACACAUUUGGGUGGGCAUUGCUGUCAUCGUUUCGGUUGAUGACUCAGGACGCCUGGGAAUCGUUAUAUCAAAUGAUAUUACGGGUUACCGGUCCGUGGCAUAUGGGCUUCUUUGUUGUGGUCAUAUUUUUGGGAUCAUUUUAUCUUUUAAAUUUGAUUCUCGCCAUUGUUGCCAUGUCUUAUGAUGAGCUCCAGAAGAAAGCCGAAGAGGAAGAGGAGGCGGCCGCUGCUGAAGAGGCAGCUUAUGCUGAAGCCUGUCGUCUUGCAGAAGAAGAGGCAGCAAUGAGAGAGAGCGGUGCAGUGACAGCACAAAUGAGACGAGAGAGCGGUGUUGUCAAGAGUCCAUCCGAUUACUCUUGUCGUUCAUAUGACAUCUAUACCAGUGCUGGUGUCGGCGCUCAACACGAAAAGGCAACACCCGAUGAUAGGGACCUAAAGGAAAGGACGUCCAUCAAGAGUGACGACGGAGAUAAUGGUCUGUCAAACGAACAACGAAACCGAUUAAACGGCAAAAUGAAUAGAAAAGCAAGUCUGAGUCUUCCCGGUUCGCCCUUCAAUUACCGAAGGGGAAGUCGGGGCAGUCAGUUUAGCGUGACGUGGGCCCGAACCAAUGGUCGACGCCUCGGUGAUCGUAAGCCGCUAGUGCUUCAAACAUACCUCGACGCUCAAGAACACCUGCCCUACGCCGAUGAUAGUACUGCCGUCACACCGAUGUCGGAGGAAAACGGCGCUAUCAUUAUUCCUGUAUAUAAUACAAAUCUCAAUUCACGCCAUUCAAGCUAUACAUCUCACUCAUCCCGUAUAUCAUAUACAUCUCAUGGGGACAUCUAUGGUCGCGGAGGUGCCCUUUGGACCAAAGAGAGCCAACUUAGAUCCCGACGCAAUCUACACCAAUACUACAAUGAGGAUUUGUUAGAUUCUGAGGAAUACAUGAUUGCUGUUAAGCACAGACAACACGAAAACCCAUUUCUAGACCAACAGCCGUCUCCACGACAGGCAAUGGUUGAUAUGAAAGAUGUGAUGGUACUCAACGAUAUCAUAGAACAGGCGGCCGCCGGACGACAGAGUAUUGCCAGAGAUAGUGAUAGAGUUUCCAUCUAUUAUUUUCCAUCAGAUAAAGAUGAGGGCGAAAGGCCUCUCUUUAAAGAGAGAUUUCUCACCGGUUGUCUCAAGUGUAUAGAUAUUCUGUGUGUUUGGGACUGUUGUUGGUGUUGGGUUCGCGUCCAGGAGUUGGUCGCCCUUAUUGUGUUCGACCCAUUCAUGGAGCUGUUCAUCACACUAUGCAUUGUUGUCAACACACUAUUCAUGGCUAUGGAUCACUACAAUAUGGAUAAAGACUUUGAAAAUGCACUACAAAAUGGAAAUUAUUUUUUUACGGCCACCUUUGCCAUUGAAGCGGGAAUGAAAUUGAUAGCAUUGAGUCCAAAGUUUUACUUUCGCGAGGGUUGGAAUAUAUUUGAUUUUGUUAUCGUUGUCUUAUCGUUAUUAGAGUUAGGGUUGGCCUCUGUCUCAGGUCUAUCAGUGCUUCGCUCAUUUAGAUUAUUACGAGUAUUCAAAUUAGCCAAGUCUUGGCCGACACUGAAUCUUCUCAUCUCUAUUAUGGGUAAAGCUGUGGGAGAUUUAGGAAAUCUAACGUUUGUGUUGGCUAUCAUUAUAUUCAUAUUUGCUGUAAUGGGAAUGCAAUUGUUUGGCAAAAACUAUACAAUUGAAAAUUUUAAAGGCGAAGACAUUCCGCGUUGGAAUUUCGUGGACUUUAUGCACUCAUUUAUGAUAGUGUUUCGGGUUUUGUGCGGUGAAUGGAUUGAAUCCAUGUGGGACUGUAUGCGAGUUUCGGGCGCACCGUGUGUUCCCUUUUUUCUGGCCACUGUAGUCAUCGGCAAUUUAGUUGUACUCAACCUAUUUUUAGCCCUAUUACUCUCAUCGUUCGGUGCAUCAAAUCUGUCGGCUCCGACAUCCGAUAGCGCCGACACUAAGAAAUUACAAGAAGCCUUCGAUAGAUUCUCAAGAGGAGCCAAAUGGAUAAAAAAUAUAACACUUCAAAGCUUAAAAGUGAUUCGGUCAAAAACUCGCAAUCAAAUUGGAGACCAAACAGCAGACAUAAGAGAGGAAAUGGAUGAUAUGGGCGGUGGAGAUAUAGUUUUGAUGGACGGGCAGGUUAUAAGAGACAAGAAAAGUCCCAAAGAACACACUGAACUGGAAGUGGUUGUGGGCGACGGUUUGGAGAUUGCAAUACAGGGCGGAAAACUCAAGUUUCAAAAUAGUGCCCGAAAUGUAUUGAAUUCAGUCAAAUUGGGAAACGCUAUAAAAGACGCACAAAUGGAUAAAAUUAAGAUAAAUGCAGAAAAUAAAGUAACUCUCGAUGGCAAAGAUGAGGACAAUCUGAGCAACAAUUCAUUUAAUAGCCUCAAAAAGCCGUCCAGUCGUUCAUCACUCGAUGAGGACAAGAAAGAUAGCGAAGACCUCUUAGGAUCAAAGGAAGAGCUCAACAAAAAUGGAGAAAUUAAUGGAAUGGCAGAGAAUCUCGAGGCGGAUAAGUUAGAGACAGCAACGGCUGAUGUAAUUAUUAGCGAAUAUCCAUCCGAUUGUUUUCCCGACCCAUUGUAUAAGUACUGUCCCUCUUGUUUGGAUGAAACACCGUUUCUGUUAAAAUGGAAAGAAAUUAGACUCAGAUGCUAUCAAUUCGUUGAACACAAAUACUUUGAAACACUUGUGAUUACAUUAAUUUUGAUUAGUAGUAUGGCUUUGGCCUUAGAGGACGUAAACUUUAAGAAAGACGAAGUGUUUAUGGAGUACUUGGGAUAUAUGGAUAAGUUCUUUACAGUCAUAUUCUUGUUUGAAAUGUUAAUUAAAUGGUUGGCCUUUGGCUUCAAAAAGUAUUUCACAAACGCCUGGUGUUGGCUUGACUUUGUCAUUGUUAUGGUAUCCUUAUUUAACUGGGCUGUUGGCUUAGCAGGUUUAGGCAAAAUACCUGCUUUCAAAACCAUGCGAACAUUGCGGGCGUUGCGGCCGUUGAGAGCAAUGUCCCGAUUGGAAGGCAUGAGAGUAUCUGUGAUCAAUCUGAUAGCCACGUGGUUCGGUGCCGGAAGAAUCCAAGCCUUCAAAACUAUGCGAACUCUUCGAGCACUUCGACCUCUAAGAGCAUUGUCUCGAUUCCAAGGAAUGCGGGUUGUGGUGAACGCUCUAAUCCAAGCGAUUCCGGCCAUCUUUAAUGUACUUCUCGUUUGUCUAAUAUUUUGGUUAAUCUUCUCAAUAAUGGGCGUUCAGUUGUUUUUGGGAAAGUUUUAUCAAUGUGUGGACGCAAAGACAUUAAAGAAAUACAAUUCAUCAUAUAUUCCCAAUAAGAUUGCGUGUGAGUCCACUAAUGGCACCCUCUGGUAUAACCCACAGAUCAACUUCGACAAUGUCCUCAACGCAUAUCUCGCUCUCUUCCAAGUGGCUACUUUCAAGGGUUGGCUACAAAUCAUGGAUAACGCCAUCGACUCUCAACCCAAAGAGUUUGAUCAGCCGGAAAAAGAAGUCAAUUUGUAUAUGUAUUUGUAUUUCGUAUUCUUCAUAAUCUUCGGCUCAUUCUUUACGCUCAAUCUGUUUAUUGGAGUCAUUAUUGACAACUUUAACGAACAGAAGAAAAAAGCCGGCGGUUCUCUUGAGAUGUUUAUGACCGAAGACCAGAAAAAAUACUAUAACGCCAUGAAGAAAAUGGGAUCAAAGAAACCAAUGAAAGCUAUACCCCGUCCUCGGUUUAAACUUCAAGCAAUAAUCUUUGAUGUGACCACAAACAAGAAGUUUGAUAUGAUUAUCAUGUUAUUCAUUGCUCUUAAUAUGAUAAUAAUGGCAAUGGAACAGUUCCAGGCGUCCGAAACCUAUAACCUGGUCCUCGAACGGCUCAAUCUGUUUUUCAUCGCAGUCUUCACAGCUGAAUGUAUGCUCAAGAUAUUUGGUCUUCGGUGGCAUUAUUUCAAAGAGCCGUGGAAUAUGUUUGACUUUGUUGUCGUCCUCCUCUCUAUAUUAGGUGUUCUUCUCAAAGAUUUAAUUGCAAAAUAUUUCUUUUCGCCGACUCUGUUACGUGUGGUCCGUGUUGUCAAAGUCGGUCGUGUCUUACGUCUAGUGAAGGGCGCGCGUGGCAUAAGAACUCUGUUGUUCGCACUGGCGAUGUCUUUGCCGGCGCUCUUUAACAUCUGUUUGCUACUGUUUCUUGUGAUCUUCAUAUACGCCAUCUUCGGGAUGUCGUUCUUCAUGAAUGUAAAGCAACGCUACGGUAUAGACGAGACAUUCAAUUUUGGCACUUUUUUCAAGUCAUUCAUCCUAUUAUUUCAAAUGUCGACGUCCGCCGGUUGGAGUGAAGUAUUAGAAGCUAUUAUGGAUGAGACCCGAUGUGAACUUCCUAAGGGGGACUUUGAGGGCAAUUGUGGGAACCGUCCCAUCGCUAUCGCCUUUCUUGUCUCAUAUCUCAUUAUAGGCUUUUUAAUUAUCAUCAAUAUGUAUAUCGCUGUCAUCUUAGAGAACUAUAGUCAGGCUACAGAAGAUGUUCACGAAGGACUUACCGAUGAUGACUAUGAAAUGUAUUAUGAAAUUUGGCAAAAGUUUGAUCCGAAAGGCACUCAAUUCAUACCAUUUCAUGCAUUGUCUGACUUUGUUAACGCAUUGGAAGAACCACUUCAGAUACCUAAGCCUAAUAAAUAUAAGUUAAUAUCAAUGGAUAUUCCCAUUUGUGUGGGAGAUAUGUGCUAUUGUGUCGACAUUUUAGACGCACUGACCAAAGACUUUUUUGCCCGAAAGGGUCACGUCAUCGAAGAGACGGCUGAGUUGGCAGAAGUGGCUCCCGUGAAGUUGGGUGAGUUUGAACACAUCAGCAGUACUUUGUGGCGACAAAGAGAGGGCUAUUGCUCUACAGUUAUACAACAGUGUUGGAGAGAUUACAAGGAAAGACGUGAUAGAGCUAAGACUGACGGUGCAAAUGAUGAUGACUUGUCAGUCAUGCAGUCGACAGCUAUUCUUGUCGAAAGUGACGGCAAUGUUACCAAAUAUGGGCACAAAGUGGUCAUUCAUUCCCGAUCGCCAAGUAUUUCAAGCAGUCGUUUCACUGAUGUCUGACAUCUCUCACAUACAACUAAUGUGAUAAUUAUUAUUAUUAUUAGUAUUGAUAUUAUA